AUGCCCCCCUCCCACAAACGCCUCCUCAAAGAAGCCACCGAACUCUCCACCUCCCCAUCCCCCCAUUUCCACGCCGCCCCGGUCCAAGACAACCUCUACGACUGGCACUUCACGCUCGCCGGCCCACCCUCCCCAUCGCCCUACUCGGGCGGGAUCUACCACGGCCGAAUCGUCCUCCCGCCGACGUAUCCGCUGCGUCCGCCUUCCUUCCGCUUCCUGACCCCGACGGGUCGCUUCGAAGUCAAUCGCGAGAUCUGUCUCAGUAUUUCGGGACAUCAUGAGGAGUCCUGGCAGCCUGCGUGGGGGAUCCGAACGGCGUUGAUCGCGAUAAGGAGUUUUAUGGAUGGUGAUGCGAAGGGGCAGGUUGGGGGGUUGGAUGUGCCCGAGGAGGUGAGACGGGAGUAUGCGGGGAGGAGUGGGGCGUGGUGUUGUGAGGUUUGUGGGAGGAGUAAUGAGGCGAUUCUUGGGGAGUGGAGGGGGGAGUGUAAGGAGAAGGGGGUUGUGGUUGAUGGUGAUGAAGUUGGGGAGGAGAAGGUGGAGGGUGAGCAGGGUAAACUGGACGAUUCGAGUUCGAAUGACAAGGAGAAGGAGAAGGAGGGUCUAUCGGAGCAGGUCUCGGUCUCUCGGGGUGAUGAGGUUAAGGGUUCUCAACUAGAUGCGGGUUUAUCUGCAGAGACGAAGCAGCUGCUGCUGCCACUGCAGGAACAGCAGCAACCAUUGUCUGCAGAUGUACCUGCAUCUACGUCCACGUCCACGUCAACGUCGGCACCGGCACCGGCACCGGCACCAGCAUCACCACAGCCUACUACAUCCCCGACAACGACAACAUCCACACCCACAAGAACAACACAACCCGCUAUCAUCCCGCCCGUCUCCCAAUCUACCAAUCCUCAUACACCGCAAGACAAUCCCUGGCUGGACCGCGCGAUCAUCGGGGUUCUGAUCGCGCUGGUGUUUAUGAUCCUGCGACGAGUUGCAGGUACAGAUGAUUAA